AGAUGGGAAUAUUUGUAAGAAUGUUAAGACCGUUAUUUUGAAAUAUGAGUACAACAAAUUACAAACCCAGGUAGCUCGUGCAGUACGCGCGUUCAUUUAUCUAUCUACGAAAGAUGCGCUGCCUCACGGCUACAUUUUGUGAAACGUUGGGUAGAAGGCAGUAAACAUACUCAAAAAGUGAACAUAUAUUUCUGUUAAUGUUGGACAUUUAGAAAAUUUGUGGACACAACUAGACGAGGCAAGAGUUGAUAAUAAAUAUGGAGAUUGAUCCAGAAUACGAAUACGACGACGAUUAUGGUGAACUUUUCAAAACUUACAUUCUAAAUGUGUCCAAUGACGACUUGGCUAACAUCACUGUUCCAGUCAGUUACAAUGACAGCGACGACAACGGUUAUUCCGAGGACUCAGCAGAACUUUCCACUUGGCUUUUUGCUUUAAACAUAGUUUCCGGUAUUGGAAUUUUGACCAAUAGCGUGCUAGCUUUUAUGAUUAUUGUGGACUUCAUCAUCGAUAGAACUGUGCGAUUUUGGACGCGUCACUGGUUAUUGCUGAACUCGUCUUUAACGCAUGUAGCUUUUCUUGGAAUUACGAUAUAUAUGAGGGAAUUUGGGCGGCAUAAAGAUCAAGAUGACAGAAACUGUCUGGUUCUACAGCACACAGAUAAAACGAUAGAAUUCGUUACCAGUCUAUAUCUUGUUGUAAUAGGAAUAAACGUCGCUGGAAAUAUCGUCAAGCCGUCUAUACCAUGUGGGAAGAAAAGCAUUUUGUUUUGGAUUUUUUUCAUACUGUUCAUAAUGGUGUGUGCAAAUGUUGGAGUGUUGGCGCUGUUCACGAUGGAGCUUGACGGCCUGUCCCAAGAUCUGAAGUGCCAAGUAGACGUUACCUUGUUUCUGCCAGCCAGGAAUGUACAUCUGGUUGCCAUAGUUACAUUCUAUAUUCCAUAUGGAAUACUACUUACGCUGGCCUUUUCGACUCUCAUAUGUUCUUGUACUCCACAAAGAAAUUUAACACUUUCCGAUUCUGACGAUAAUGACUAUUACACCGCUAGGAAACACGCGGCGAUAUUUAUAUUUAUUACCGCAACGGCGGGUUUUCUUUUGAAGUUGCCAUAUUAUCUAUUUCAAGUACCGGUAUUAGCAUAUUUUAUUCUGGCAGGUUUAAAGGCCAGUUAUUACCUGACAUUUUUUGUAACGCAUUUGAUGAAAAUAUUAUUUUUCAUACUGUUUCCCAUUAUGUGUUUAUGUUUAAGGGACAUACGCAGAAUAUACAAAAAGGCUGUUUCAGACUAACGGCAAAACACAUGUAUUGUGCUGUAUAAAAAUAAAAUCUCUUUUACUGCUUCUUUAUUAAUGAAAGGUGUAAUCUUUUACGUACAUUGUACUUGUAAUAAAAUUUGUCGGCUACGGCGGCUAAGAAGGGAUAUGGAAAAGAUAUAGUCUUUCGUGUCCGCACUCGUAAGUCUUUGCGUGCCCACGCGAUAACAUAUACGUGCCCAGGUGGUACUUUCAGCGCGCGCGCUCAUAAAAGCUACUUCAUGUAGAGUAAGCGGUUAAAACAUAGUUUUUGCAAGAACAUGUAAAAGCUACAGCGUGGGUAUUUGAAGGCUUCCGUUUGCGCACGCAAAGACUAAUGCACGCGCAAGUGAAAGAAAAUAUAUCUUUCAUAUCUCUUCGAUGUCACCCAAGUAAACUGAUAAUGUUUAGUACAGUAAAAUACUUACUAAGAAGAAAUUUUGCGUCGGUGGAAAAAUAAAAAUAAAAUGCUUGA